AUGGGUAACGCAAUAACCCGCCUCACACACCACAAGUCGCGCCACACGCAUCGCGAAAUCGACGUUUCUGUUCCACCGCCCGAUCAGGUCGAUGGAGAAAGAGUACUUCCGCCGCGCAAACCGUCCCUCAACCCAGUCACAGAAGACAUCAUCAGCGCGACGGAAAAGGGCAUGAUUUCUGAAAACCUGCUGUGUUCGAGUCUGCCGAGUCCCGCGGUGCGGAGGGCGGGUGGACAGGCGCGGUCGUAUUUUCCUGACACGGGGCGGGGAGGGUCGGUCGAGUCGGAUGGGAGUCACAGUGAAGCGUCGACAAUGGGGAGGACGAGGAGUGUGAGGUGGAAAGGGCAGGAUACUUGA